AAACAGGAGCGGAGUGGAAACGAGCAGCAGCAGGCACUUUGCUGGCUCCGGGCUCCCUCGGGGACAUUUUAUAUUGUUUAUAUUCCUUUUUGUAGAAAUUUAAUAUCGUGUUUCCUAUGAACUUUUAAUACUUUGAUACACGGGUUUUGACAUUUUCUAACAACGGAGCCUGGCAAGGAUUGGCUGUAGCUUGCCAGCUUGGAAACACUGGAAUUUUUUUUCUCCCCUCUUAUUGACAAAGGCUGCUUAUUAGCCAGCGAAGACACCGAACAAGAUAACAACACGACGAUUUAUUUUGUUUUUGUUUAAGUGUUAUUCAGUGCAGUGACAACCGAUGCACAGUCUUCCCGGUAUUUGAACGCGACCUGCCGUUGCUGCUGUUUGCCAAGCUAACGUUAAACCGCAGAGAGCGUAGCUAACGUCAACGGCAGCCAACCUCAGGGAAGAAUGACGGCGGUUCAGCUAAUCAAUAUCCAAAGGUUAUUGGAAGCUGCGGAAUAUCUAGAAAGAAGAGAACGAGAGUGUGAACACGGAUAUGCUUCGACGUUUCCGUCAAGUCAGAACACAAACUACCAGAGGCAAAGAAAAUUCCGAAAUAAGAAGUUCAGCAGUAACCACAAUAGGUCCACACAUAAUGAGCUGGAGAAGAAUAGACGAGCUCACCUGCGGCUGUGUCUGGAGCGGUUGAAGGCCCUCAUACCUCUGGGACCCGACUGCAACCGCCACACCACCCUGGGCCUGCUCAACAAAGCCAAAGCACACAUAAAGAAACUUGAAGAGGCAGACAGGAAGAGCCAGUACCAGCUGGAGUCUCUGGAGCGCGAGCAGAGGCACCUCCAGCGCCAGCUGGAGCUGCUGAGGGGAGGCAGCGGCGCUUCAGCCCAGAGCAGCCCGGGUGAGGGGGAGAGGAUACGCAUGGACAGUGUGGGCUCCACCCUCUGCUCCGACCGCUCUGACUCCGACCAAGAGGAGAUCGAGGUGGACGUGGAAAGCACGGAGUUCUCCCAUGGAGAGCUGGACAGUGUGAGCACAGCCAGCACCAGCGACCUGGACGACCACAGCAGCCUGCAGAGCAUGGCCAGCGACGAGGGCUACUCCUCCUGCAGUGUCAAACUUGCCUUCUCCUCCUAGACCCCCCACACCACCCCCACCACCACCAUGUCCCUCCCUGCCAAACCCACCUGCCCUCCCAUCCGUUUAUCCAUCCGGCCAUGCCUACGUACGUAUACCCAGUCACCUCAGACGGCGGCCACGACCCCCGGCUAAUAGCUCCUUCCUCUUAAGCAGCGCCCCUUCCUGCUCCUAGCCUUUAGUUACCCCCCCACCCCCCCCCCCCACCCCACCCCAUCUCCUCCUCCUCAUGCGCUGCUGGAGGAGCUCCACUCGGAGUUUUUUUCUCUGAACUUUGAGCCGCCCUGACCAACACAAGGGACCCAAAACGCAGUGAUGUGAGACUGCCAAUCGGUUUCAAUCCUCCUCUGACAGGAGACCAGAGACUUACAAAUGUACUCCAUCUUGAUUUUGAAUGAUUGAUUUUACUUCUUUUCUUUCCUCGAGCUGUCAGAUGUCUGAGUUUUAGAUUACACAACCCCUAAUUUGAUCCAAAAUGCACUUAAAUCAUUUAGAUUGCGUUUCUGUUCAGGUCUCUCUCCUUUGGGCACGCGCGUGUGUGUGUGUGCGUAUGUGUCGAGAUGGUCCUAACGUUUGUGUGUUGGGCCUAGAUAACGGGAGCACAUCUAAUCUGGACUAUAAUGAACACUGUGGGUGAACUUUGCCAUAUCAACGCAGCUCGGCCCCGAUAAACGUCCCCUCAGCCCUGAAUUUAAUCCUUUAUGUCUUAUUGUGUUUUUACAUGACCUCUGCUCGACACUGCGACAAGCUCAGACACUCGAACUGGUGCUAUUGUGAAACAAACCAACCGGGGGAAGCAGAUCAGAUCCACCACCACUGGGCUUUUAAAGCGAACAAAGCGUUGUCCGCCAAGAUUGUUUCAAACCAAGCGUGGAGGAAAACAACCACCAAAAAAAAAAAAAAAAGAAAGAAAAUGGAGGAAAAAAAAAACAUUCCUGCCGAAUGUGGGUGCUCAGUGAGUUUUCAAAGAGCGGAUAUUGUAACUUGUGUGUGUGCAUUUUGUUUUGGUUUCCCUCCGCCCCUCGACAAGCAGCUACAACAAAGCUAUCCUGCACUUGCCUACUUUAGAGCUGUCCAUAGAAACGGCACAAACCAAGAAGUGGAAAAUAAAAAUAAAAAAAAGAAACAGCAACAAGAAAAAAGUCCAAACAACAACAAACUUUGGAAUAGAUGUCCAUCCUCUUUCCAGCAGUAACAAGCAAUAACUCCUGUAGUCCUUUUUUUGUCUCGUCAGUUUUUGUUUUCUCCCCUAAAAGACUGUGUGGCCGUCCAAAAAAAGCAAAUUUUCUUUUCUUUUUGUACAUAUAAAUAGUUUAAUAAAUUAACAUUUUAAAAUGAGUUUAAGAAAAAAAAAGGUAGAGCUCGUGGAUAGAACUAUUGCCUCUGUUACUGUUUGACCUGUGUUUAUCGUGCAUUUUAAAUUAAUUUUUUUGGAAAGAUUUUAUCCUGGGAGGCAGCAUGGACACUGUUGUUUUGUUCAGUAUUUUGCUGGUUGAAACAUUGGAACGUCACUCAAUCUGUUGCUGCACCGACAAAGGAAAAGAAAACUCUUCAAUGAUGCGAUAAGAACGAUAGAACAACUUCUCACCCGGUUGCGGAAAAGCGACCCAGUCGGACUUCUGUUGGAGGAUGCUGAGUCUGAGUGGCGCUCUUUUUAUUUAUUUGAUUUUUUUUUCUCUCUCUCUCUCUCUUGUGUACAAUGUUCAUGAAUGGGGGGGAGGGGGAGGGGAACGCUGUAUACAGCAUUCCACCGGUGGUCAGGUGAUCUGUGGAGGAAAAGUGUUUGGGGAAGAAAACGGGUGUUAUGAUGUCAAUGUUCGCCAUCCCUACUCCACUGGCAUUAAGAAUUGCACUUCAGCCACAAUUCUGUGUAUUUUUUUUUUCUCUUUUUCUUUUUUUUCUUUUUCUGCCGUCAUCUUCUCUCACAGAGCUCUCAUGAAUCCUUUUGUAUGUGAAAGAAAAAGAAAAACACCGGCCUUUUAAAUAUUUAUUUCUCGAUCCCUCAAAGAACACAAAGCAAUGGGGAAAAAGAAGUUAACUUAUUUUGGUUCUGUCUUAUUUUACUCCUCUUUUUGAUGCUUAUUCCUCAUUCCUUAUUUUAAGAAUUGUAUAUUUUAUGGGUUAUUGUUUUUUUGGGGGGGGGUGGGGCUUUGGGGGUGGGAGGGAUAAGAAAUGUAGCCAUUUCGUUUUCAUUUUUCUGAUGUUUUAUUCAAUGGACACUUGAAAUGUAAUCGGCCCCUAAGCUGCUCCUAGUGCUGAGCCUCGCCUGUUUAGAGUCUCCAGCCUUGUCCGGAGUCGACCCCCCCACCCCCCGUCAAUCGACGAUCACCGACCUGAAACAACCGGAUUGGCUGAUAAAAUGACAAAAUGGCUUCCCUCCGUACCCCGCCUCCUGACACAAGGUGAAAAAUCCGCCAUCUUGUUUACAACUUCUCCCAUCCGGUUGUUUUUUUAUUUUAUUUUGGCGGGGGUCAUCUCUGCACAAGGCUCAUCUUUAGCCAAGACUUUACUGGCAAAUAUUGAGCCAGCUACUACACAAUAAAAAGGGGUCUAAACUCCACUUUCCUCUGUUAGGAGGAUUGUAGUCUCUAUUAGACUUGUGUUUUAGAUGACAAAAUGUGUCUUACAUUUACAAUACAAGGCCUCUGAGUGAGGAUCUCAAGACAAAAGAAAAAAUAACCACAAAGAACAAAUCCUUUGGUCUCUCUGAAGGACAUCAUUAAGGUGUAGAUGUUGUAAAGCUCUCCGCAGAGCUAUGAUGAGGUUGUUGGACUUGGCACUGAAUCAGAAAGUCACCACAUUUGGUGCUUGACUAUUGAAAAAAAAAUGCCAAAACCACCUCAGAACACCUCAGUGUCCUCUCUUUCUCUUUCUCUCUUUCUCUCUCUCUCUGAGGGACAGUUUACAUUUAUUCUUCCCCUGUUUAAGUUAUUAACCUUCGACUCCUUUUUGUUUUUAUAUGUUGGUUUUAUAAACCUGCACUGCUGACAGGAAAAAAGGUCCCGCGUUUGACGACAAGAUGUAUUUCACUCCCUGUGCAGACCUGGGUCACAUGCUGGUGGUGUCCAACCCUCUCCAGAGUUGUUGUUUUUUUUUUUUUACUACACUGGGACGAUUGAAAAUGUGUGAAAACUGGCUGGCGUUUGUGUCGUCUCGUGUGGAAAACUACUCUGGUCCUGUAUUCCAAGAAGGGAUAAAACCAACUAUAAGAACUGAUUAUGCUGAAGCCAGGUCUGCCCUCUCAUGUGAGUGUGGUGUGUGAGAGAAUGUGUGUGUGUGUGUGUGUGCGCGCGCGUGUGUGCUCCAUGUUCUUACUAAGGCUGAGCUUUAGAGAGGCAACUGGUCCGUGGCUAGCAUGCACUGAUCUCAGUUGGACUGAUUCCUAAUCCAUAAAUAUCAGACUUCUGGAGAGUCAUUAAAAAGACAAGUUUAUCCAGCGUAAGAUAGGAGCGUGUUAACUGAGCCCCACUGUCAGUUCAGUGCAAACUGGUCCUGGAUCAGCCUGUGUCAGCUGGGAGGUUUUGACAAAGAGUUUCUGGCAUUGCUGCAGAGUCAAAACAAUAGCAUAUCUUCAUAAGCUGGUGAUCACAAAGCUAUAUUUUUACCUCUGUGUUAAAGUUUAGGUUUUAGACAUGCAGUCCUGACUGUGGUUCAGGUCAGGGUUAACUUUUCCUUGAGUGUUGAGUUCCAGUUUUGCAGCUUGGCCAAAAGUGCACCAGCCCGACAAAGUGGAAGUUGUCUUUUUUGUAAACCGCACUCCAUUCAGACGUCGGUCUCACAGGAGCUCGACUUCGAGCAAAUGGGUCCACGUGGGUCGAGUCAGCCCAAAUACAAUCGAGCAGUCCCGCGUAGGGAGUCCUCCCGUUGUUCCGAACCUGUGGCCAUCCUUUGUAAAACAUGCAGUCUGAUGAUGAUGAUUCUAGCUGUGUAAGUUGAAGAUGCAAUACUUACAAUAAAAACACCAAGAUUUUCAAACCU